CUAUAAUUUUGCAAUGGCGGACAUAAAAUUUUGAAAAUGGAAGACGGUCCUGGAUUAAAUCACAUUGGGCAGGGCAAUCAAGCCCAAGCGCUCACCAACGUUUCAUCAAGAAAUCACAACUCAAACCACGAAGAAGCACUGCAGCGAACUCAGUAUUCAAUGCCCGGAAUACUACACUUUUUACAGACAGAAUGGGCUCGUUUUGAAAUGGAACGAGCCCAGUGGGAAGUUGAAAGGGCAGAACUUCAGGCCAGGAUUGCCUUCCUACAGGGCGAGCGUAAGGGACAAGAAAAUCUCAAACAUGACUUAGUUAGAAGAAUAAAAAUGUUAGAAUUUGCACUGAAGCAAGAAAGAGCCAAAUUCCACAAGCUGAAGUACGGAACUGAGCUUAAUCAAGGAGACAUGAAACCACCGAGCUUUGAAAAGAAGGAGGAUGAAGAAUCUUUGGAAAAUGAACACAUAACAACGCCAAAUAGUAAUGUAACAUGGAAACAAGGACGCCAGUUACUACGACAGUAUUUACAAGAGAUAGGAUACACUGACACAAUCAUAGAUGUGAGAUCAGCAAGGGUACGUUCAAUAUUAGGUCUACAACCACAGGAGGAUGACAAUGCUCCACCCAUGGUUAAUGGAGAUGCUAGGGGGGAGAAGCCACAAGCGGAACAGCAGAGAAGAAAUGUGAAGAAAAUCCCAGGAUCACUAGGAGAGAAUGCGUUAAUGGACAGUGAGGCAGCAGUGUUGUCUACAUUUGACUUCCUGGCCAGUGAGAAUGUAGUAGAUGAUGAUGAUGAUAACCUCAGUGAUGAGGAGGGAGGACCUGCUGAUGAUGACAAUGAUGAGAGGAUGGAGAGACGUAGUGCUAAGAUGUCGGGUAAUGAAGGAAUGGCUGGGAUGGAAGAUAUUGGCGAUCCAGACACUGAUGAAGCUUUAGCAGAAUUUGACUUCUUAGUGUCCGAGAGUGGAGAGGGCGCUGGCGAGGCCCGUAGUCAGGGAGAUGGGACAGAAUGGGAGAAGAAAGAUCUUUCACCAGGUGAGGAAUGGAGUGUAGACCAGCAGCUCAUUACAAAGCUAAAGGAACAAUACAAAAAAGAGAGGAAAGGAAAAAAGGGAAUACAACGGCCAAAAAGGUCUACCCUUCAGGCUAUGUUAGCUAACCUUGGCAAUGAUGAAGAUGGGCCUCCACUACAGUCAGGCCAGGCUAGUCCUCCUAGACAGGCCUUGGAUAUGUCAGAGCUUGAUGAUCCAGGGGCAAUAGAGGAAGAUGGACGAGGUAGCAAACAUAUUAUAGGAGUACCAGGUGAAGAUGAGGCCCUGGAAGCUGCAUUAGGUUUAGGAGACCUGGCUGGCCUCACAAUAAGCAAUGAUGCAGAAUCCUUAGGAUAUGAUAUAUCUUCUAACAAAGAAGCCUUUAGAAAAACAUGGAAUGCAAAAUACACUUUACGAAGUCAUUUUGAUGGGGUGCGUGCCCUUGCUUUCCACCCUGUAGAACCAGUUCUAAUCACAGCUUCUGAGGAUCACACCCUCAAGCUGUGGAAUCUUCAUAAAACUGUACCCGCUAAAAAGACAGCUUCUUUAGAUGUUGAACCAGUGUAUACAUUUAGAGCUCACGUAGGUCCAGUGCUGUGUCUGGCUGUCGACCCUACAGGAGAGCAUUGUUACAGUGGUGGAGCUGACUCUACCAUACGAUGCUGGAACAUCCCCAACUCAAAUAUAGAUCCUUACGAUUCUUUUGAUUGUAGUGUACUGCAGGACACUUUAGUGGCCCAUACUGAUGCUGUCUGGGGCUUGUCUAUACAUAGCUCUAAGUUGCAAGUGUUGUCAUGUUCAGCUGAUGGAACAGUGAAACUCUGGUCACCUGGUACAAAGACUCCACUACUUAGCACUUAUAAAGCUGAAAAUGAACCUGGUGUUCCUACGUCAGUGGACUUUGUUCGCUGUGAGCCUGGACAGAUGGUCACUAGCUAUACUUCAGCAAAUACAUACAUAUUUGACCUUGAAACUUGUAAGGAAAUCAUAAAACUAGAGAGCAAAGGAGAAUCAGAAGCAGGAGGCCAGAUAAACCAAGUGAUUAGUCAUCCAACUCUGCCAGUCACAAUUACUGCACACGAGGAUAGGCAUAUUAGGUUCUUUGAUAAUAAUACAGGCAAGCUGGUUCACUCCAUGGUUGCCCAUCUUGAUGCAGUUACUAGCUUAGCAGUUGAUCCAAAUGGACUGUAUUUAUUAUCAGGAAGUCAUGACUGUUCUAUACGUUUAUGGAAUUUGGACAAUAAAACAUGUGUACAAGAAAUCACAUCUCAUCGUAAAAAAUUCGAUGAGUCAAUACACAAUGUUGCGUUCCACCCCUCUAAACCAUACAUUGCUAGUGCAGGGGCGGACGCUCUAGCUAAAGUAUUUGUAUGAUACAUAGUAACAGUUUAGGUAGACUUUAACGAAUUAAUUAAUCAGGGCUGGCUUUCAGAAAUAAAAUGCAUGAACAGGGGACUCUAUAAAAAGCUUUUUGGACACAGCAUACCUUGAAAAUGUUUGAGCUACUCAUGAUAUAAAAAUCAACUUAUUUGAGAUCUCCGGCAGGUAUGUUGAGCUGUUAGAAUGAAAUGCAUCAUAUUUAUUUAAUUGCCGAAUCAGUUCCGAAUAUUUCAGAAUAAUCUGUUGUACAUUUUGUUACUUGAAGCCAGUCUUGUACUGUACAAUGUACAUCAUAUUUGUACUUGUACGAUAAAUUGUAACCAUACAUAGAGUAUGGUAAUAUACAAGGAUUAUGUUAAGGAGCAAUACAGCUAUACAUGUGUCGUGUUAAUCACACUUGUUCGUUUAUCAAGUCCUGCAAAAAAUCAAGAAUUUUUAAGAAUGAUGAAAAAAUAUUUCUUGUUUAACUGGAGGUUAACACAUCAUCACUUGUUUAAAAAAAUGAAGCAGUCGAUUUUGAGCUUUAUCCUUCUGAGGCAGUUUUGUACUCUUCACAGAAGGUCAAUAUAACCUCUGUGGCUUAUACGUAUAAUGGAUAUUUUCAUUGAUCAAGUUCAUAAGGUGUGAACCUCAUUGAAGUUUACACACAAGCUUGCUACAUGAAACUGUCCAGGUCUAAUAAAUAUUUGCUGGAUUGUAAAAGUAUGCUUAAAGUGAUUGUAAAAGUCUGUGGAUGUAAUACCUCAAGUACUGUAUGCAAUGUUAAAAAGUGUGUCAUAUUCACUUUCAAACUUGUAAAAUAUGAUUGAUUUUUAUAGAUCUGGCAUUUUUAUUAAGUUGGUGUUAUAUAUUAAAAUGAAAUCUUGAGCUUUUAAUGAGUUGGAAGUUAAUAACUUCUAUUAUUGCAUUACACUUAUUGGAUGUGUAUUAUCCUAUAUUGUUUAAUAUGGGGUGUUUUGUCACGGUCGUGAACAUAUUGUACAGUAAUACCUGUGUAUAGUGA